UAAAGCAAUAGAACGAACACGAAGGAUAACAAUAAUAAGAAUAAGAAAUCAACCUCAUUUUUAGGAUCACCGAUCAUGACGUAACUAAUUACAAAGCUUUCUGAAUGGAGCAUAAUGAACUGUUGAUGAAGAGUGCACGCUCCAAGCCGUAAACGAAGCCUGCGAGCCAACUGUUAAAGAUCUCCACCGGAGAAGAGAACAGCAAAAAUGGAGCUGAAACUGAUAUGCUAAACGUUUGCAGGACGUGCCUCCAGGAUGGUGACGCCCAAAUGGUCUCCCUUUACGACGAAGCCGAGGACAAGGAGCGGGGCGGAAAUUUACUGUGGGAGAAACUCGAGAGUUUCAGUGGAAUUCAGAUAACUCGCAAGGAGCAUUUCCCCACCAGGAUUUGUCUAAAAUGCAAAGCCUUUCUAAUCCUCGCCCAUAAGUUCCGACAGAUUUGCCAGCGCUCCCAUGACUUCCUAAGUGAAUAUGUGGUGAAAGAUGUAGAGGAGCCUGUUGUGGGUUUGCCAGAAUUUUCUCCGCCACCUGUGGAAACGGAACAGCUGGAGCAACUAGAGGUGGAGGUGCUUGAUGAGGCUGUCUGGGCCGAAGAAGAACGAGUCGAGGAUGUAACAGCUUCGUCACUGAAGGAGAGGCCAGUGGUGUUGGCAGUUGAAACAGUUCCAGCGCCUGCAGUUAGUAACGUCAAGCUGCAUGUAUGCGAGAUAUGUGGCAAUGGCUAUCCUAGGAAGAGCACCCUGGACACUCACAUGAGAAGACAUAACAACGAAAGGCCUUACGAAUGCGAGAUCUGCCACAAGAGUUUUCAUGUCAAUUACCAGUUGAUGCGCCACAUACGGCAGCACACGGGAGCUAAGCCCUACACCUGCCAAUAUUGCCAACGCUGCUUUGCGGAUCGCACUUCCCUUGUGAAGCACGAAAGAACCCAUCGAAAUGAACGUCCUUAUGCUUGUCAGACAUGCGGCAAAACCUUCACUUAUUCUAGCGUCUUGAAAGAACACUACAAAACGCAUACGGGAGAAAAACCUCACACGUGCAAACUCUGCGGCAAGACCUUUGCCCGCACUCACAAUUUGGUCGCCCAUAUGCAGACCCAACAGCAUUUAAAUGAUCCACGAACUGCCGGCUAUCUGAACACGAUAAAAGCCGGCAGCACUGGAACGAUUUUGUAAGAAUAUAAAAUACAGAAAAUUCUUAUGUAUAAAACUAAAGAUUCCUGGUUAACACUCUC